AUGAGCGCGAUUUCGGGUGUAAUUUCAAGGCAAGUGAUGCCUGCAUGUGGUAGCCUUUGUUUCUUUUGCCCUGCAAUGAGGGCAAGGUCCAGACAGCCUGUCAAGCGGUAUAAGAAGCUGAUUGCGGAUAUUUUUCCUCGAAACCAGGAGGAAGGACCAAAUGAUCGGAAGAUUGGAAAACUAUGCGAAUAUGCUGCUAAAAAUCCUCUUCGUAUCCCAAAGAUCACAAGUUCUCUUGAGCAAAGGUGUUACAAGGAACUGAGAAUUGAGAACUUUCAAUCUGCAAAAAUAGUGAUGUGCAUUUACAGGAAAUUGUUGAUCACUUGCAAGGAGCAAAUGCCUCUGUUUGCAAGUAGCUUACUGAGCAUCAUUAGUACUCUUUUGGAUCAAACACGGCAGAAUGACAUCCAAGUUAUAGGAUGCGAGACUCUGUUUGACUUUGUAAAUAAUCAGAAUGAUGGAACAUUCAUGUUCAACUUAGAAGGAUUUAUUCCAAAACUCUGUCAGUUUGCUCAAGAAGAGGGAGAGGAUGAAAGGGCAAAAAGUCUACGUGCAGCCGGUCUGCAAGCCCUUUCUUCUAUGGUUUGGUUUAUGGGUCGACACUCUCAUAUUUCUGUGGAGUUUGACAAUGUAGUUUCAGUAGUCUUGGAAAAUUAUGGAGGUCCUAAGAGGAGUUCAGAGAACCUUGAUACUGACAAGCAAGGUCCUCAGAGUCGUUGGGUGCAAGAAGUGCUGAAAGAUGAGGGACAUGUCACUCCUUCACCAGAGGUCAUUACAAGGGUUCCUUCAUGGAGGACAAUUGUGAAUGAAAGAGGCGAAGUAAAUAUGACAGCGUAA